AUGUCACAAGGUCCCGCGUGUAACAUCUGGAUCCUGCCUGAUUCCUCGACUGGCCAGGCGUCCCUGGCCUCGGGGCUUCCCGUUGCCAUCCCUCCAGGGGAAGCAGGGCCAGGGGCAAACUCUCUGACGCGCCUCCCUCCAGCGCUGGGCCUCGCUGGGCCCUGCGGGCUGCACGCAGCUCCUCCGGCCCCAGCGUCCCGCACCGCCUGCUGGGGGCGCCCACACGAGCGCAGCCGCGCGGCCUUAGGGCAGGAGCCGUGCUCCCAGGGCUACGUCGCUCUCCACCUGCGGCCUGGGAGGGCUGACGACCCACCCUGGCGAAAAGAGACGCACUCAUCGCCCACAAAACUCAGGAGCAGCUAUGACUUGAAGUCAGAAUUUCUAAAACACACCUUCCGCCACCUGCUGCUGCUGCCCCGAACCCUCCUGCUCUCACUUGGGGUGCCCCUGGCCCUGGUCCUGGUGUCUGGCUCCUGCCUGCUGGCCGUUGUAGGCAUUAUCCUUUUGCUCCUACUCCUGCGGCUCCUUGCCAGACAGCCCUGGAAGGAGUAUGUGGCCAAGUGUUUGCACACAGACAUGGCUGACAUCACCAAGUCCUACCUGAGGGCACAUGGCUCCUGCUUCUGGGUGGCUGAGUCUGCGGGGCAGGUGGUGGGCACAGUGGCUGCUCUGCCAGUCAAGGAUCCUCCAUUAGGGAGGAAGCAGCUGGAGCUCUUUCGCCUGUCUGUGUCCUCACAGCUUCGAGGACAGGGGAUAGCGAAAGCGCUGGUCAGAACUGUCCUCCAGUUUGCACGGGACCAGGGCUACAGUGAUGUUGUUCUUGAGACCAGCACUAUGCAGCAAGGUGUUGUGACCCUCUACCUGGGCAUGGGUUUCCAGAGGACAGGCCAAUACUUCAUGGGUGUCUUCUGGAAGAUAGUAGAUAUUUGUAUAAUUCAACUGAAGUACUCCUUCCCUUCUGCCUAG